UUAUGGCAAAAUAGGGCGGGAACAUUACAAGUAUUUACAACACAACUACUAGUUGAGUCUAGUUUGUCUACUCAAUGAACUCAUGGAUUUCGCUGAAGCUCAGAAGUUUGUUCAGGAGCAGUUAGAGUCUAUGGGUGUCAGGAACAUCAGUCGUAAAGAACUGGAGUCCUACACUAUAGAUUUUUUAAAACUUCUCAAUGACAAAGAAAAAGAGAGACAAGAUAAUGAAAAAGAUACAAGUUUACAGGACCAUGAAUACUCUUUUAUUUCAUCACCAACUCCUACUCCAGUCAAACCGUUGACAACUAGCUCAGUAACCACACCCACCAGAGUAACCACGCCCACAGGAAAGUUUGUAGAAGUAUCGGUUAACUAUGUGGAAGGUCGUCCAGUUACUCGUAAAGUUUUGAGGAGACCUGCAUCAUCAGGUGCAUUAGAUUCAACAGUCAAUAGCUCUUUAAGAGAAGAAGGUCCUGCCCUUUCCAUCCCUCCUCAACGUCAACUCAAGUCAUUUAUUCGGCCAGCAUUUACUCAUCCACAUACUAGAGGGAUAAGAAAGAAUGAUCCUGUUCAAAGGUAUCAUGAGUUUCGUCAAAUGUGGGAAAGUCAAAAACCUCCUGGAGAAAAGAAAAGGAACUCACUGAGAUGGCACAUUAAAGAGCAAAUGCUUUCUCAAGAUGUUCAACCACUCUAUGCUCCAGUUCAUCACAGUAUUCAUCGACCUAGCAGCUAUGUUGUUCCUACUGAUAAGAAGAGACAAGCACUACGCUGGGAGAUACGGCAUCAGUUAGCUAACUAAAGCAACACUGUCACUUACUGUCUGUAUAUGUGAUUAAUCAGAUGACUAUCAUCAUGUAUGGGGCUAUAUUGUUGCACUAACAUUUUGAAUGUAUGAUUUUAGUUGUAUGCAUCAAAGCUUGACAAUCUGAUCUUUACAUAUAAUGGUAAACAUUAAUGCACAAUAUUGCAUAUACUGUGUCAUUGGAGUUGUUAAAUGUUUAAAAGUCAAUGCUAAACCACCACAA